AUGGGCAGCCGGCCCCGCAGCCCCAGCGCCUACCCUGCGCCCUGUCCCGGACCGUCGACCGGAGGACCCGGCCCCGCCAAGCGCAGACGAACCGAGGAGCUUGCAGGCCUGGAGGGCCUGGAGGGGCCCCCAGCCGCCGGGGCCCUCACCUCGGUGGUGGUCCUGGCCACGGGAUGUGCCCUGCAGAUGUCCCUGGACGACGUCGACCUGGUGCUGGAGCCCGAGCCCACGUCGGUCCUGCAAGUGUCUGUCGGAGAGUUCACCCUGCUGCUGGUCCCCGAGGCCCUCCUGCGCUCAGGAGAGCAGGGCCACUCGCUUGUCGGCCUGGAACCCGGCGCUUUCCUGGGCGCGCCCGGGCACGACGUCCCCGUCGAGCAAGGAUUCUUCCGCGCAUCUGUCCCACAGAUGGCCCCCCAAGAAGAGGCCUAUGAGGAAGACGCGGACCCCGCGUUCCUGUCGCCUCGGAUGGACCCUGCAGCCGGCUCCGUCGCUGGGCUCCGCCCCUGCGCGGGAAGCGUGGCCAACCCCUACCCUGUGGGCCAGGUACCAGAGCCCCGGUCUUGGGCCCCCACUCCUAGUCCAGAGAGACGCUCUUCUUUCCGCUACUUCAACCUGGACGUCCACCUUCUGGAGCCCUUCCCCAACUCGCCACUCCAACCUCUACCUCCCUCUCCGAGUCCAGGUCCCCACGCGCGCCCCCAGCGCCCUCCGGGUCCUUCUCGCAAGGCCCGGAGACGCCUGUUCCAGGAAUGAACUGCUCCCACAAUCUCUCACCACCCGGCUUCGGCACUAGUGAUCCUCCACUGCACGCUGUGAACACAUACCACCACUCAGAGAUGAAGCAUCUGCAUCGUAGACAAUGGGCAGCUGCAGUUUUUGUUAUGUUAGUUUUUGUCUCAUUUUGUUUAGCUAAAUGCCUUGAUCGGUAGCAGGCAUGGGUGGGUGGAUGGAUGGAUAGAUAGAUAGAUAGAUAGAUAGAUAGAUAGAUAGAUAGAUAGAGUCUGGUAAGGACCUUUAGCAGGGAGAGUAGACCACACAUAAUCAACGACGGAUUUUCAGGUCCCUUGCUUGUGGUGCAUGAGCUGUUUCUUCCACUUCUGUCAUCUUCAGCCAACCCUAUUCUUCUUGUUUCACCCCUACUCUUGCUUCAAAGUCAUCUCAUUUUUUUUCCAAUUUAUCCCCUUUUUUCAUCACCUCCCAAUGCCUGUCUCCUUUCUCUCCACUUCAGGUUGUUUUUCCUUACCUUUGUAAUUGUGAAUUUACCUCUAUGAAUUCUCCAAUGCCCUUGGAGGUGCUUCUGAUCACCAGUUUUUGUUUGUUUGUUUGUUUGCUUGCUUUUAGCAUGCUCAAUAUUUAUUAAGAAGAGCUUUGUGAAAAAAGGGCCAAGUAAACAGUAGGGAGACGAGGAGAAGUUAAAGUGCUGCAGAUCCAGUGACAGCCUCAGCAAGCUCUUUGGGAGCUCGGGAGUCAGAAUGGCUGGUCAGCGUUGUCCCAGGGAAGGCUGAAAUAGCCCUCUUCCCUCAUCAAUCAGCCAUUAGGUGUGAGAGACCAGGGAAGGACCAUAGCCCAGGGCAAGGCCACUUUCUUCAGGUGAGACAGUUUCUAAAGGGCAUGGCAGCUGAAGGCUGUCCAUAGCACUUCUUCUAGCACUUAUGGAAAAAUUUCUCAUAAAGAGGAUCUAGGUGGUGCAUUGCACUGCCCACUGCAACAUCAUAAUAUUGAUUCCUUUUAUCUUAAUAUUCGUCUAUUCACCUCCACUUAUUCUGAUCUUUAUGAUUAGCAGGAAAGAAAUUAUAAUUUUUUUCAUAUAGGUCUUGAAUAUUUGGAUAAAACCUAAUCACUAAUUUUCUUUUUCUCUUCUUGCUUUCUAAACUUCUUUCCCUGGACCUGGUCAAUCAAGAUAAAUGCAUACUAAAUGAAUGAAUGAAUGAAUGAAUGAAUGGCACACAAAUGUAAUGCAUUGGGCUUUGGGGAAGUAUUUCUAAAAUUAGAAUAAAAACGGUGAAAAUAAUGUUUUCUUAAGGUUUACUUAUUUUGAGAGAGAGAGCACAAUUAGGGGAGGGGCAGAGAGAAAGAGACAGAGAG